AUGUCCAGCGAGGAGAGCUACCUGGCCAUCCUGCGCUACCUGACCAACGAGCGGGAGCCCUACGCGCCCGGCACGGAGGGUAACGCCAAGCGCAAGAUCCGCAAGGCGGCCGCCUGCUACGUGGUGCGCGACGGGACCCUCUACUACCAGCGGCGGCAGCGGGACCAGCAGCGCUUCGCCGAGCUCGAGGUGGUGCUGCAGGCCGAGCGCCGCGCCCGCCUCAUCCGCGCCGCCCACCUCGGCCCGGAUGGCGCCCACCGCACCCGCCUGCAGACCUGGCAGGGACUCUCGCAGCGAUACUGGUGGAGAGGUGUUCUUAAGCAAGUUAAAGAUUACAUUAAAGAAUGUAGCAAGUGCCAGGAAAAGCUAGAUCGUUCUAGAUCCCUGUCAGAUCCUUCUGAAAUGCUGGAGGAGCUAGGACUGGACACAAGAUCUCAUGAAGACAGUAAUGAAACAGAUGAUGAAUUAAGUAACACUGCAUCAGUCCCAGCUGCAUCACCAAAACCCGUGAAAAAGAAACCAAUAGCAAAACAUGAGCUUGUAUUUGUUGAUAGUAAAGGCCUUGUGAAGCAGUCUUCUUCAAAACAUUCUCUGUCAGUUUUAAACCAACUGAACCAGCAAAGGCUUUCCAAUCAGUUCUGUGAUGUUACUCUGUUGAUUGAAGGAGAAGAGUACAAAGCGCACAAAUCUGUCUUGGCAGCCAACAGUGAGUACUUCCGGGAGCUUUUCAUCGAAAAGGGCGCUGUCUCCAGUCAUGAAGCAGUGGUGGAUCUUUCAGGUUUUUGCAAGACAAGUUUCCUCCCUUUACUGGAAUUUGCUUAUACCUCAGUGUUAACUUUUGACUUCUGUAGCAUGGCAGAAGUUGCCAUGCUAGCCCGGCAUCUCUUCAUGUCAGAGGUCUUGGAAAUCUGUGAAAAUGUGCACAAACAGAUGGAAGACAAACAAAUCACAGUGUACCAAAAGGGAGAUAUUCACACUGUAGAGUCUACACAGAGUUUACCGGAGCAGAAUGCAGUUGAAACACAGCCUGUGGAUAGUGUUGAACAGCCUUUACCUACAGAAGUGGUAAACAGUGAAGUAGUAGGAACUAUGAAUGGAGCAUCUCCCAGUACUGGACAAGAGGAGGCAAUAGCACUGCAGUCUGACCCUCAGACUUCAGAGCCUACAGGGGAUAUAACUGAUAGUCUUUCAGAGCCUACAGUACAGUCUGUUUAUAGUGAAACAACUGGAAAUGAAAUAAAAAUAGAAAUGGUACAGAGCAUUGCAAAUAACAUUGUUUCUGUCAUGCAGUCUGAGCCUCCAGUGGCAGAGGACAUGGAAACAUGCUCUCCGACAGAAGUUGAGGCCGAUCAGAAUGAGAGCAGCACAGCAAAUGCAGAAAUCACUUCCGAAGAGUCUUUAGAAGCACUUAAGCAAAAACGUGGCAGGCCAUGUAAUGCAGAGGGAACUCCAGUGUCACAACCUGAGAGCAUCGUCUGCAGCCAAGAUGAUACUUAUAAAAGCAAACUUCGUCAGCGUUCUGUUAGUGAGGGUGGAUAUAUCAGAUUGCACAGGGGAAUUGAGAAAAAGCUACAAAAUAGGAAGACAAACCCCAAAUCAGCAAUACAGCAGGUUGCCAUGAAGUUAGUGCAAAGAGGGAAGAAGAUGAAGCAGCCCAAAAGAGAGACCACAGAAAACAAUGAGGUGGAAGCUCAGAUCAAAUGCACUGAAUGUGGGAUGGUUUUUCAGAGGCGUUAUUCGCUUAUAAUGCAUACACUGAAACAUGAAAGAACUAAAGAUUACAAAUGCCCGCUAUGUAAAAAAGAGUUCCAGUAUGGUGCCUCUCUACGUGCCCACCUUGUUCGACAUACCCGAAAAAAUGAAGUGAGCACUGCAACUGCUAGUAUAGAAGAGACGUCAGUAGUGAAAGGCAGAACUAAGCGGGAGUUUAUAUGUGAUAUAUGUGGAAGAACUCUACCCAAGCUCUACGCUCUCAGAAUACAUAUGCUCAAACAUACAGGUGUAAAGCCACAUGCAUGCAAGGUCUGUGGAAAGGCAUUUACCUACAAGCAUGGAUUAAAAAUGCACCUGGCUCUCCAUGAGACACAGAAGCAAUUCAAAUGUGACUUGUGUGAAAAGUCUUUUGUCACAAAACGGAGUCUUCAGGAACAUAUGAGCAUUCACACAGGAGAAUCCAAGUAUCUUUGCUCCAUUUGUGGGAAGUCUUUUCAUAGAGCCUCAGGACUUAGUAAGCACAUAAAGAAACACCAGCCAAAGCCUGAAAUUCGUGGAUAUCAGUGUACUCAGUGUGAAAAAAGUUUCUAUGAAGCUCGGGAUCUCCGGCAGCACAUGAACAAGCAUCUUGGUGUGAAGCCGUUCCAGUGUGAGUUCUGUGGGAAGUGUUACAGUUGGAAGAAAGAUUGGUAUUCCCAUGUGAAGUCCCAUUCUGUCACAGAUCCUUACAGAUGUAAUGUGUGUGGCAAAGAAUUCUACGAGAAAGCUUUGUAUAGAAGACAUGUAAAGAAAGCCACUCAUGGGAAGAAAGGGAGAGCAAAGCAAAAUCUGGAACGUGUGUGUGAGCACUGUGGAAGAAAAUUCACCCAACUGCGAGAAUACAGACGACACAUGAAUAAUCAUGAGGGUGUUAAGCCUUUUGAAUGUCUGACUUGCGGAGUAGCCUGGGCUGAUGCACGUUCCUUGAAGCGUCAUGUGAGGACACAUACUGGAGAACGACCAUAUGUCUGUCCAGUAUGCAAUGAAGCUUACAUAGAUGCCCGGACGCUACGGAAGCAUAUGACCAAGUUCCACAGGGAUUAUGUACCUUGCAAAAUUAUGCUGGAAAAGGACACCCUUCAGUUUCAUAACCAGGGGACGCAGGUGGAACAUGCCAUCAGUAUUUUAACAGCAGACAUGCAAGAACAAGAAGCAGAGAUUAGCAUUGGCAGUGAGGAGAUUGAGACUGUGGUAGUGACAGGAGAAACAAUUGAAGCUGUUGCAGCUACUGAGGAAUGUACAUCAGUAUCCACUCUUUCUGACCAAAGCAUCAUGCAGGUGGUGAAUUACGUAUUGGCACAACAGCAAGGACAGAAAACAGCUGAGGUUACACAAGCCAUUGAAACUGUAAAAGUAGAAGUGGCCCACAUUUCAGAAACAGAGUGAACACCAUCUCUAACAGAGAGCAAGAAGAGUGUAGUAUUGUCAUGUAACAAGCUAAGUAUUAACUGUGAGUAUUUGAGGCUUACAGUAAUACUGACUUUGAUACUGAAUCUCCUGUAUUGAGUUUCUUGGCUGCAGAAUGAUAUCGCACAAUGCACUGGUUUAA